UGGUAUAUUACUCCCCACUGAAGCUGCUCCUUCAGUUGCUCCGGAUGCAGUCGUCCCUACACGGCCUUCGGACUAUCGCUUAGAUCCUAUCGAGGCCAAAUGGCAGAUUGAUCGCAUCCCUCGUUUUCGCAUUCUUGUCAUGGGCAGGGCAAAUGCGGGUAAAACAACUAUUUUACAGCGGGUCUGUAACACUACGGACGAGCCUGAGAUUUUCGACGGAAAUGGAGAGAAGGUUGAUGUGCGGAUGGUGCAGGGUUCACUGAAGCGAGGUUACCAUAACAUUGAGGAUGAGCUAGUGUUUAAAAGUAAUCCGCGCUUUGUAUUCCAUGACUCGUGUGGAUUCGAGGCGGGGAGCGAGGCACAGUUUGAUAAAAUGAAGAAAUUUGUCACAGAUCAUGCCAAGGCCACCAAACUGGAGAGGAGAAUACAUGCAAUUUGGUAUUGCAUUCCUUUGAAUGAAAGCCAUAGGAUGGUAACAGCAGCUGAAAAGAAGUUCUUUAAUGAGUGUGAUUCAGGGCAUGUUCCUGUGAUUGUGUUACUAACAAAGGCAGAUGCCUUAAAUUUUAAGGCAUUUGAGGAGCUUAUGGACAGGGGUUUUACUGAAGAUGAGGCAGUGAAAGAGGCACCAGAGGAAGAAAAACAGCUGCAAAAGGGCUGUCUGGAAAAGAUCAAAGGGUGGCUGAAUGAACUGAAGUUUCCACCUCAAAGCUACCUGAUGCUCACUGGCAUGGAACAGGAGAGUGCAGAUUGUGAAGAGCUAUUGAACUGCACAGCAAAUGCUUUGACAGAGGAAGGGCUGCAAGGACUGCUUAUAUCAUCACAGCAGUCAAACUUGGGACUCUGCAUGGAAUUUGCCAUAAUGAAGUGA